AUGGAUGCCAUGUUUGUUGAUUAUGAGACUCAUCUGGUAACGGACGAGGCACGAAGUACCAUAUCUAAGAGCGACUGGAGCUACAUCAACGAGUACAUCAGAUGGUUCUUCAGGGUGUCACAUCCAUAUAUGGUGUUGGCUGCUCUAGGAGAUCCAUUGAGGCCAGCUCAUCAGGAGUUACUAGAGGAGGAGAAGGCACAAUUAGAUCAUGUUGAGGAUGUCUUGCCUAGAUAUCAUUGUAUAGUGGAGAUUGCACAUGCAUGCAUUGAUAGAGGUAUCUUUCUUGAUGGGUCUGAUGUGAGACAGAUCCUCGAUGUCAUCAUGACGGAGGCACGAGAGACAUUGAUGUACCAGAGACAGUGCCAGAGGAUGGGGGAAUUACAGUUUUUAAUAUAUAUGGAUUUCUUGGUAAGCGAUGGUCGCGUGGAUAGACAUGGCGAUAUUGCUGAUAAACGAACGACCGGAGGAUGGAAGGCUGCUCCUUUUAUCAUAAUGAACGAGGCAGUUGAGAGGGUGGCGUACAUUGCUAUAGCAAUGAACAUGACACGUUACUUGGUUAGUGAAAUGCAUCUAACAAUACCAGAUUCUGCUACUCAUGUCACAAAUUGGAUUGGAUCUUCUUAUGUACUCACUCUUCUCGGAGCCUUUCUAGCCGACGCUUAUUUCGGUCGCUUCAAAACGAUUCUUGUUUUUUCUUUCAUCUAUGCGGUGGGUAUGUUUAUGCUGACAACAUCAGCCUCGUUCGACACAUUCCGCCCGCGAAAACACAAAGAAGCAAGCCAAUUCCAAAUGACAUUCUUAUUAGGUGCACUUGGCCUUGUUGCUUUAGGUACAGGAGGAAUCAAGCCUUGUGUAUCAUCUUUUGGAGCGGAUCAAUUCGACGAAGGAGAUGAAAAAGAAGUUCAAAAGAAAUAUUCAUUCUUCAAUUGGUUUUUCUUUGCCAUCAACAUCGGUGCACUUCUCGGAACUACGCUGCUGGUUUAUAUACAAGAAAAAUUAGGGUGGAGUUGGGGUUUUGGAAUACCAACCAUUACUACAUUUUUGUCUAUCUUUGUUCUAGCUAUUGGUAUUAACCAUUAUCGUUUUCAAAAGCCAAUGGGAAGCCCUUUUACUAGGUUUCUUCAAGUUAUUGUAGCUUCCGUAAAGAAUCAUCGACGAGGAGUUGUCGUCAAAAAAGAAACUCAACUCUAUGAAGUCGAGACAACACAAUCUGAUAUUAUUGGUGCUCGUAAGCUUCAGAGGACUCUACAAUACAGGUUUUUGGAUAAAGCAGCGGUUGUAACACCAAAAACCAAGAUUAACGAUAGAUGGAGUGUAUGCACAGUGACACAAGUGGAAGAAUUCAAAUCAAUCCUAAAAAUUCUUCCAGUUUGGGCAACUACCAUUGCACUAUCAAUUUGUUUAGGUCAAAUGUCAACUUUUUUUAUAAGUCAAUCCAACAUCAUGAACCGAAAACUGGGUAACUUCGAAAUUCCAACGAGUUCGGUCACCACAUUUGCUGCGAUCAACGGCCUCAUACUUGUCCCGAUCUACGAGCAACUCUUUAUCCCGGUUCUUCGAAAACUAACCGGCCACCAGUGUGGCAUCACGUCGUUACAACGAAUGGGUGUUGGGCUUUUCAUCGGAACCAUUGCUAUGGGUUCGGCUGCAUUCGUUGAAAAGAAAAGACGUGAAGAGUACCCGCACCUACAUAGCAUGAGUGUGUUUUGGUUGUUACCUCAGUUUUUCCUAAUUGGUUCUGCUGAAGUUUUUACCUAUGUGGGACAGUUAGAGUUUUUCUAUGAUGAAGUAACUGAUGGGACAAAGAGUAUUAGUAGUGCGAUGUUUUUGUGCGAGUCGGGAAUCGGAAACUGGUUGAGUACUGCUCUGGUUAAGAUUGUUAUACUUACAACUGGAGGACAAGAGCAAGGAUGGCUAAGGAAUGAUCUUAAUAAAAGCAAGUUGGAUUGGUUCUAUUGGAUAGUGGCAGUUAUCAAUGCUAUCAAUUUCUUAGUCUAUUUGAUGGUUGCAACAAUUUACAAAGGAAAAGAAUCAGUGAUUGCAAGAUUUGACAACAUUGAUGAAUCAAACGAAGAUCAUCACAUACAACCAUGA